AUGUCGGCGUCCGUGCUCGGCAGAAUAGUGCCAAUGACGCUAUGGAUGGCCGCUCACCAACCCCCAUCAGACCGUCCGCUCUGCUUGAACCCCAUUCAGGAACUAGCCCAUGCAAGGAGGAAGCGCAUGCUAGGCCUAGGCAGACCUCAGCUCAAAGGCCGUCCGUCUCUGCUCGAUCUGAUCGCCCACGGCGCUGCUGUCGAAGCCGGUUCUCGUGGGCAGCCUGGUUCUGGUAGUUCCGCCGGGUCGAGUCCCUCGUCACCAACGCUCGUUGCGUCUCCGCCUGCCCUGGACGACCUGCCACCGCUUCCCGCCUCGCCCGCCUCCAGACCCAACAGCUCCAGCUCAACAUCCCUUGCCCAGUCUCCCUCCCCUCCCCCUCCCCCCUCGCCAUUGCCAUCGCUAUCGCCCGCCAUGGCGCCCCAAGGCAAGCAGAGGAAGCGUUUGGAAGCCGGCGAAGACCAGUAUGGCUCCGUCUUCGCCGUCUCCGGCCCCGUCGUCGUGGCCGAGAACAUGAUCGGAUGUGCCAUGUAUGAGCUGUGCCGUGUCGGCCACGAUCAGCUUGUGGGAGAAGUCAUUCGGAUUGAGGGCGAUAAAGCGACCAUCCAGGUGUACGAAGAAACAGGUACAAUUUCCCCCUUUCCCCGGAUGGCUCUUUCGCUAUGUAAUCUGCUUCGGUGUCGGGCUUCCGGUGUCACGGUCGGCGAUCCUGUCAUCAGGACAGGUAAGCCGUUGUCGGUCGAACUGGGUCCUGGUUUGAUGGAAACUAUCUACGAUGGUAUCCAGCGACCCCUCAAGAGCAUUUCCUCCGUGUCAGGAAGUAUCUACAUCCCCCGCGGUAUUGCCGUUCCGGCCCUCGAUCGCGAGAAGAAGUGGGACUUCACGCCUGGCAACCUCAAAGUCGGUGACCAUAUUACCGGCGGUGAUAUCUGGGGUAGCGUUUUCGAGAACAGCUUGCUGAACGAUCACAAAAUCCUACUGCCACCGCGUGCGCGCGGUACCAUUACGCAUAUAGCGGAGGCGGGAAGCUACACGGUCGACGAGAAGCUGCUGGAAGUUGAAUUCGAUGGCAAGAAGACCGAAUUCAGCAUGAUGCACUCUUGGCCCGUCCGUGUCCCCCGACCCGUCAGCGAAAAACUGCCCUCCGACUCCCCUUUCAUUGUCGGUCAGAGAGUGCUGGACGCUCUGUUCCCCAGUGUGCAAGGUGGUACCGUCUGUAUCCCCGGUGCUUUCGGCUGUGGUAAGACGGUCAUCUCCCAGAGUGUGUCGAAGUUCUCCAACAGCGACAUCAUCGUCUACGUGGGCUGUGGUGAGCGUGGUAAUGAAAUGGCUGAAGUCUUGAUGGACUUCCCAGAGGCAAGUUGGCAAUCUCUCACGAUUGAUGUUGGAGGCCGUAAAGAACCCAUCAUGAAGCGCACCUGUCUCAUCGCGAACACAUCCAACAUGCCUGUGGCGGCUCGGGAAGCCUCCAUCUAUACUGGUAUUACUGUGGCUGAAUACUUCCGCGACCAGGGCAAGAACGUAGCCAUGAUGGCGGACUCCAGUUCUCGGUGGGCUGAAGCCUUGCGUGAGAUUUCCGGUCGUCUGGGAGAGAUGCCGGCAGACCAGGGUUUCCCUGCCUACCUGGGCGCGAAGCUGGCGUCCUUCUACGAACGUGCUGGAAAGAGUGUUGCUCUGGGUAGCCCCGAGCGACAGGGCAGCGUCAGCAUCGUCGGCGCCGUCAGUCCUCCGGGUGGAGAUUUCUCCGACCCCGUCACCAGCGCUACUCUGGGUAUCGUGCAGGUCUUCUGGGGUCUGGACAAGAAGCUGGCGCAGCGGAAGCACUUCCCCUCGAUCAACACGUCUGUGUCCUACAGCAAGUACACCAACAUCCUCGACAAGUACUACGAAAAGGAGCACCCGGAAUUCCCCCGCCUGCGAGACCAGAUCAAGGAGCUGCUGUCCAACUCGGAGGACCUCGACCAGGUCGUCCAGCUGGUCGGCAAGUCGGCGUUGGGAGACUCGGACAAGAUCACGCUGGAUGUGGCCGCUAUGCUGAAGGACGACUUCUUGCAGCAGAACGGCUACAGUGAAUAUGACCAGUACUGCCCCUUGUGGAAGACGGAGUACAUGAUGAAGGCGUUUAUGAGCUACCACGAUGAGGCGCAGAAGGCUGUAGCGCAAGGCCACAGCUGGGCGAAGAUCCGAGAAGCCACCGCCGAUAUCCAGACGGCGCUGCGGAGCAUGAAGUUCGAGGUUCCUGAUGAUGAGAAGGCCGUGACUGCCAAGUAUGAAAAGCUGCUACAAGACAUGUCUGAAAGAUUUGCCUCUGUAUCUGAUGAUUCUGUAUGCGAUGGAAACUCCGUAGAAGCAUCUGCAUAUCCGCCAACUCCCUCUUUGGUCAAUGUGAACGAUCCCAGCCUCAUCAACCUCGUCAACAAACUUCAAGAUGUCUUUACCACAGUAGGGUUUCGCAAUCCGACUGACCCCUCCUUCCUCUGCCAGGUUCAAAACCCCAUCGACCUGCCACAGAUAGUUGUCGUCGGAUCACAGUCGAGUGGAAAGAGUUCCGUGCUGGAGAAUAUCGUCGGAAGAGACUUUCUGCCACGAGGCGCUGGUAUCGUCACUCGCCGCCCCCUGAUUCUGCAACUGAUCAACCGGCCCUCUUCGAAGCCGCAAGCAAAUGGCACAAGCCAAGAGAAGCUGGAAGGCACCACCGACAGUGAGGCCAAUCUGGAUGAAUAUGGCGAAUUCCUGCACAUCCCCGGUCAGAAGUUUUAUGACUUCAACAAGAUCCGAGAGGAAAUCAUCCGCGAGACAGAGUCCAAAGUCGGCCGCAAUGCAGGCAUCUCGCCAGCCCCCAUCAACCUGCGCAUCUAUUCCCCAAACGUGCUCACACUCACUCUUGUCGACCUGCCCGGGCUGACGAAGGUUCCCGUUGGCGACCAGCCUAAGGACAUCGAGAAACAGAUCCGUGAUAUGGUCUUGAAGUAUAUCAGCAAGCCAAAUGCGAUCAUUUUGGCCGUGACUGCGGCCAACCAGGAUUUGGCCAACUCGGACGGCUUGAAACUGGCCCGCGAGGUGGACCCGGAGGGCCAGCGCACCAUCGGUGUCCUGACCAAGGUCGAUCUGAUGGACGAAGGAACGGACGUGGUGGAUAUUCUUGCGGGCAGGAUUAUCCCUCUGCGGUUGGGUUAUGUUCCGGUCGUCAACCGGGGGCAGCGCGAUAUCGAGAACAAGCGGCCGAUCUCAUAUGCGCUGGAGCAUGAAAAGAAUUUCUUUGAGAGCCACAAGGCCUACCGGAAUAAAGCAUCCUACUGUGGAACUCCCUAUCUGGCCAGGAAACUGAACUUGAUCCUUAUGAUGCACAUCAAGCAAACCCUUCCCGAUAUCAAGGCCCGCAUUUCCUCGUCACUACAGAAAUAUACCUCCGAACUGGCGCAGCUUGGCGAUUCGAUGCUUGGAAACAGUGCCAACAUUGUCCUGAACAUCAUUACCGAGUUCAGCAACGAAUACCGCACCGUGUUGGAGGGUAACAACCAGGAGCUUUCCAGCGUGGAGCUGUCGGGUGGUGCUCGUAUCAGCUUCGUGUUCCACGAGCUGUACACGAAUGGUAUCAAGGCUGUGGAUCCGUUUGACCAGGUCAAGGACGUUGACAUCCGAACCAUUCUCUACAACUCCUCCGGCUCGUCACCGGCGCUCUUUGUCGGGACCACUGCUUUCGAGGUCAUCGUCAAGCAGCAGAUCAAGCGACUUGAGGACCCCAGUCUGAAGUGUGUCUCGUUGGUCUACGAUGAGCUCGUUCGCAUCCUUGGCCAACUGCUCAACAAGCAGCUGUUCCGCCGCUAUCCGAUGUUGAAGGAGAAGUUCCACAACGUUGUCAUCUCAUUCUUCAAGAGGGCGAUGGAGCCUACCAACAAAUUGGUCAAGGACCUAGUCGCCAUGGAAGCUUGCUACAUCAACACUGGCCAUCCCGACUUCCUCAACGGUCAUCGGGCCAUGGCUAUUGUCAACGAGCGUCAAAACGCCAACAAGCCCACUCAGGUCGACCCUAAGACCGGGAAGCCCCUGCCCCCUCGUUCCAGCAGCCCGUCGUUGGACAGCAUGUCGCCGUCGGAGGGGAACAAUACUGGCUUCUUCGGUAGUUUCUUCGCGUCGAAGAACAAGAAGAAGAUGGCCGCGAUGGAACCACCGCCACCCACGUUGAAGGCGUCAGGUACUCUGAACGAGCGUGAAAACAUUGAAGUCGAAGUGAUCAAACUGCUCAUCAACUCCUACUUCAACAUCGUCAAGCGGACCAUGAUUGAUAUGGUGCCCAAGGCGAUCAUGUAUUGCCUUGUACAAUACAGCAAGGACGAAAUGCAGCGGGAGCUGCUCGAGAACAUGUACCGCAACGCUGAGCUUGACGAAUUACUGAAGGAGAGUGACUACACGAUCCGGCGCCGCAAGGAGUGCCAGCAGAUGGUGGAGAGCCUGACCCGCGCGAGCGAGAUUGUCAGCCAGGUCCAGUAG